UUUACAACUAAUUCAUUUCAAACUUGUAUAUUUUUCAUUUUAGCGUCAAUUUCAUUAACUAAAGCUGACAGUCAAAACUUUUACUACACAGCUGGGCAAAGGAAAUCCGUUAAACUCGUUUAUGGAGGCUAUCAAUAUGUCAAGUUCAUGGAGAAUUCUAAAGGCAUUAAGUGGAUUUGUUCAACCCGUUCAACUACCAAAUGCAGGGCGCGAGUACGUACAACGAAAAAUUCGCAACUCGAAGUGCUCCAUGCUAAACACAAUCAUUCUUUUAUACAAAAAAAAUAUCCACGAAAAAUAGAUGAAGACAGUAAGCUUGAUAUCGAACACAUAUUUCUGCCAAAGGCUUCACCAAAAUAGAUUUGUCGUUAUAAUAUAGAUAACCGAGUAGAAUAUGAAUAUUUUACUUAUAAAUAUGAGUGAAGACGUUUUGUUUAUAACUAAUGUAUAUUGAAAAAUUAUAAUACAACUCUUUAAAACUAAAAACAAAUUUCAUAUGUACAUAUAUUGUUAAAUUGUAAGGAGUAUU